UACCAAAAGAAUUGGUGGAGCUCCAUUUGAAGUUGAUGAGGAAGAUUGGUAAAUCUGUUACAGCAGACAGAUGGGAAAAAUAUUUGAUCAAGAUAUGCCAAGAGUUUAACAGCACCUGGGCAUGGGAAAUGGAGAAGAAGGGCUAUCUUGAAAUGAGUAUUGAAUGCAAACUAGCACUCUUAAAGUACCUCUGUGAAUGUCAGUUUGAUGACAAUCUCAAAUUCAAGAAUAUUAUUAAUGAGGAGGAUGCCGAUAAUAUGCGUCUCCAGCCAAUUGGGCGAGACAAAGAUGGCCUAAUGUACUGGUACCAAUUGGAUCAAGAUCACAAUGUCAGAAUGUACAUAGAAGAACAAGAUGAUCAGGAUGGCUCUUCAUGGAAAUGCAUUGUCAGAAAUCGAAACGAGUUGGCUGAGACUCUUGCACUCCUGAAAGCACAAAUUGAUCCUGUACUAUUGAAAAACUCUAGCCAACAAGACAACUCUUCUCGGGAAAGUCCCAGCUUAGAGGAUGAGGAGACUAAAAAAGAGGAAGAAACACCUAAACAAGAGGAACAGAAGGAAAAUGAAAAGAUGAAAGGUGAAGAGCAACCAGUAGAUUCAGAAAACCAUUCUACGGCCAAUGUUCUAGAAGAGAGUACUGUGAAAACAGAAAAAGAAGAUGAAAAGGAACUUGUGAAACUGCCAGUCAUAGUGAAGCUAGACAAACUUUUGCCAGAAAGUGAGGAAAAAAAGAUUAUCAAAGAAGAAAGUGAUUCCUUCAAGGAGAAUGUGAAACCCAUUAAAGUCGAAGUGAAGGAAUGCAGAACAGAUCCUAAAGAUAUCAAGGGUGGCAUGGAGAAGCUAGUGGCCCAGGAACCUGAGAAGCUAGAAUUUGGUGGCAAUGUUAAAUCUUCUCAAGAAAUUACUGAGAAAUCUACUGAAGAAACUGAGAAACUUAAAAAUGACCAGCAGGCCAAGAUACCACUAAAAAAACGAGAAAUUAAACUGAGUGAUGAUUUCGACAGUCCAGUCAAAGGACCUUUGUGUAAAUCAGUUACUCCAACAAAAGAGUUUUUGAAAGAUGAAAUAAAACAAGAGGAAGAGACUUGUAUAAGGAUCUCUACAAUCACUGCUUUGGGUCAUGAAGGAAAACAACUGGUAAAUGGAGAAGUCAGUGAUGAAAAAGUAACUCCAAAUUUUAAGACAGAACAAAUAGAGACAAGGUUUUAUGAUACAAAGGAAAAUAGUUGUAUCCCCUCUAAAGACAGAAAUGUCAUCGUGGAGGGAAAUGGAGAAGAGUCCUUAAAUUCUGUCAUAAUGAGUGUGAAAAUAGGUGAGCUUGAGAAAGAAACUGUCUCUUUAGGGAAAGAUGUAGAUAGUUCGAUAUCAAUCUUAGAGACUCAGAGUCAAAAAGGACAGGUAGAGGAACCAAGUCCUCCAGAAGUGGAAACCUCUCUCGAGUCUUCUGAAAUGGCAGAGGAUCUCUCUUUAAAAACUGCUUUGUCUACCACUGAGUCCUAUACCAUGAAAGUUGAAGAGAAAUCUCCCAAAAGUAAGAAGGAUAAGCGCCCACCAAUCCUAGAAUGUCUUGAAAAGUUAGAGAAGUCCAAAAAGACAUUUCUUGAUAAGGAUGCACAAAGAUUGAGUCCAAUACCAGAAGAAGUUCCAAAGAGUACUCUAGAAUCAGAAAAACCUGGCUCUCCUGAGGUAGCUGAAACUUCUCCACUGUCUAAUAUGACUGACCACUGUGAGAAAAUAGCCUCAGAAAAAGAAGUGGUAGAAUUGGUAGGUUCUGUUGAAGGUCAGCCGGUGAAAAAAGUCAACCCAGAAAUUGUACAAGAGGAUUGUGAGCCCAUGAAGAUAGAAAUGGAUAAUCUGGACAAUGCCAAGACCUCGGUUAUAGAGGAUCCUUCUGAGACAAAGGGUUCUAUGCAAAAAAGCAAAUUUAAAUAUAAGUUGAUUCCUGAAGAAGAAACCACUGCCUCAGAAAAUACAGAGAUAACUUCUGAAAGGCAGAAAGAGGGCAUAAAAUUAACAAUUAGGAUAUCCAGUCGGAAAAAGAAGCCAGAGACUCCCCCUAAAAUUCUAGAAACAGAAAGCAAACAAGAGAAGACAGAAAAGGAAGAAGAGAAAACAAAUGUGGGUCGUACUUUAAGGAGGUCUCCAAGAAUAUCUAGACCCACAGCAAAAGUGGCCGAGAUCAGAGAUCAGAAAGCUGAUAAAAAAAGGGGAGAAGGAGAAGAUGAAGUGGAAGAAGAGUCAACAUCUUUGCAAAAAACUGACAAAAAAGAAAUUUUGAAAAAAUCGGAGAAGGAUACAAAUUCUAAAGUAAGCAAGAUAAAACCCAAAGGCAAAGUUCGAUGGACUGGUUCUCGAACACGUGGCAGGUGGAAAUAUUCCAGCAAUGAUGAAAGUGAAGGGUCUGACAGUGAAAAAUCAUCUGCAGCUUCAGAAGAGGAAGAGGAAAAGGAAAGUGAAGAAGCCAUCUUAGCAGAUGAUGAUGAACCGUGCAAAAAAUGUGGCCUUCCAAACCAUCCUGAACUAAUUCUUCUGUGUGAUUCUUGUGACAGUGGAUACCACACUGCCUGCCUUCGCCCUCCUCUGAUGAUCAUCCCCGAUGGAGAAUGGUUCUGCCCCCCUUGCCAGCAUAAAUUGCUCUGUGAAAAAUUAGAGGAACAGUUGCAGGAUUUGGAUGUUGCCUUAAAGAAGAAAGAACGUGCUGAACGAAGGAAAGAACGCUUGGUGUAUGUUGGUAUCAGUAUCGAAAACAUUAUUCCCCCACAAGAGCCAGAUUUUUCUGAAGAUCAUGAAGAAAAGAAAAAAGAUUCAAAAAAAUCCAAAGCAAACUUGCUCGAAAGGCGGUCAACAAGGACACGGAAAUGUAUAAGUUACAGAUUUGAUGAGUUUGAUGAAGCAAUUGAUGAAGCUAUAGAAGAUGAUAUCAAAGAGGCUGAUGGAGGAGGAGUUGGCCGAGGAAAAGAUAUCUCCACCAUCACAGGUCAUCGUGGGAAAGACAUCUCUACUAUUUUGGAUGAAGAAAGAAAAGAAAAUAAACGACCCCAGAGGGCAGCUGCUGCUCGAAGGAAGAAACGCCGGCGACUAAAUGAUCUGGACAGUGACAGCAACCUGGAUGAAGAAGAGAGUGAGGAUGAAUUUAAGAUCAGUGAUGGAUCUCAAGAUGAGUUUGUUGUAUCUGAUGAAAACCCAGAUGAAAGUGAAGAAGAUCCACCAUCUAAUGAUGACAGCGAUACUGAUUUCUGUAGCCGUAGACUGAGGCGACACCCCUCUCGGCCAAUGAGGCAAAGCAGGCGUUUGCGGAGGAAGACUCCAAAGAAAAAGUACUCUGAUGACGAUGAAGAGGAGGAAUCUGAGGAGAAUAGUAGAGACUCUGAAAGUGACUUCAGCGAUGAUUUUAGUGAUGAUUUUGUAGAAACUCGUCGAAGGCGGUCAAGGAGAAACCAGAAAAGACAGAUUAACUACAAAGAAGAUUCAGAAAGUGACGGUUCCCAGAAGAGUUUACGACGUGGUAAAGAAAUAAGACGAGUUCACAAGCGCAGACUUUCCAGCUCAGAGAGUGAAGAGAGCUAUAUGUCCAAGAACUCUGAAGAUGAUGAGCUAGCUAAAGAAUCAAAGCGGUCAAUUCGAAAGCGGGGCCGAAGUACAGAUGAAUAUUCAGAAGCAGAUGAAGAGGAAGAAGAAGAAGGCAAACCAUCCCGCAAACGGCUACACCGGAUUGAGACAGAUGAGGAAGAGAGUUGUGACAAUGCUCAUGGAGAUGCAGAUCAGCCCACUCAUGACAGCCAGCCCAGGGUCCUGCCCUCAGAACAAGAGAGCACCAAGAAGCCCUACCGGAUAGAAAGUGAUGAUGAAGAGGACUUUGAAAAUGUAGGCAAAGUGGGGAGCCCAUUGGACUAUAGCUUAGUGGACCUACCUUCCACCAAUGGACAGAGUCCUGGCAAAGCCAUUGAGAACUUGAUUGGCAAGCCAACUGAGAAGCCUCAGACCCCCAAGGACAACAGCACAGCCGGUGCAAGCCUAGCCCCCAAUGGGACAAGUGGUGGGCAGGAGGCAGGGGCACCAGAAGAGGAGGAAGAUGAGCUUUUGAGAGUGACUGACCUUGUUGAUUAUGUCUGUAACAGUGAACAGUUAUAAGACUUUUUUUUCCAUUUUUGUGCUAAUUUAUUCCACGGUAGCUCUCACACCAGCGGGCCAGUUAUUAAAAGCUGUUUAAUUUUUCCUAGAAAACUCCACUACAGAAUGACUUUUUAGAAGAAAAGUUUCAACAAACCCUGAAGUCUUUCUGUGAAGUGACCAGUUUUGAACUUUGAAGAUAAAUAAUUGCUGUAAAUUCCUUUUGAUUUUCUUUUUCCAAGUUCAUGGUCCUUGGUAAUUUCAUUCAUGGAAAAAAAAUCUUAUUAUAAUAACAACAAAGAUUUGUAUAUUUUUGACUUUAUAUUUCCUGAGCUCUCCUGACUUUGUGAAAAAGGGUGGAUAAGAAUGCAUUCCAAAUCUGUGAGGGCCCAAAGCAGAAUUUAGGGGUGGGAGAAAGCACUUGUGCUUUAGCUUUUUCAUAUUAAAUAUAUAUUAUAUUUAAACAUUCAUGGCAUAGAUGAUGAUUAACAGACUGUUUAAAAGUUCAAGUCUGUACUGUUACAGUUUGAGAAUUGUAGAUAACAGCAUACAUAAGUCGUUUAGUAACAGCUUUCGUGAAAUCAACUUGUUUACUACUGGAGAUAACCACACUUAAUAAAGAAGAGAACAUGAAAGUACCAUCAUAAAAACCUUUAACCUAAGUUUCUGUUAUAGCGGAAUUUCUUGUUUAAAAAAAUAAAAUCAUCUGAAAAGCAUUUGUACAGUAAAAUGUAUAAUGAAGCUUUGACAACCAGACUGUGCUAGCGACAGAUUUUUUUAAAUAGCUUUAUGCAGUGGUGAUAAAGUGGCCUCUAAUAUACUAUAUCUGAUGGAGAGUUAUUAAUGAAAUGAGUGUGGUCUUUCUUAAGGCCUAGGUGGAAUAUAAACUUUGCCAGUAGUGUAACUCUUGUCUUCUGGCCACUUGAUGUUUAAAUAUUUGAAAUAUCAUUUUGAAAGAAACACAUCUAUAUAUAACAUACAUGAAGAGAUGCUAAACUGACAGCAGUAUUUUAGCACAUUUGAAGAUGGGAAAGGGAUUUUUAGGUGAAUUUUAACUGGUCUAUUCUUGCCCUUAGUAUCUACUUCAAAUUGAAGUCUACAAACAAAGCAGUUCCUUUGGGAGGUUUUUAGUUUGAGUUUGUGUGUGUGUGUGUGUGUGUGUGUGUGUGUGUGUGUGAGAGAGAGAGAGAGAGAGAGAGAGAAUUUCCUAUCUGCCUGGAUAUAUUAGCAGGGUUUGAAUGUAGUUUUGGCCUUUGGCCAUUAGGCUUCUAUUAAAAUUCAUUAAUAGUCACACAAACAAUGUAGAGUUGAAUGAGAACUGCCGAUAUACUUAAUAGGCAUGACAUCCAUUUCAAACAUCUCAACACUUUAAAGAAAGAUAAGCCCUUUGUUUCCAGAAAAAGGGAUUUGUAACUAAAUAUCUAACCUGUAAUUGACACUAAAAUAUGAACUUUUAUUUAGUUUCUGUUAUAGCUGUAAAAUUUCAGGCAGAGCCAUAACAUUGUACAGAGUGUAGCAUUUGUGAUUAAACCUUACCUGUCAAAUUCUGAAACUUUCAACCAUUACUUCUGUGAAUACUUUUGCCCUGGGAUUUGGGUUUUUCUGUUCCAGUGUUGUGUCUGUUGCCGGCAAUGGGCACACCAUAUCUGCUGCUGGCCCAAGGAACUUCAUUAAUUUUUCUUUCCAGAUUAAGUAUUAUGUGUGCUAGUCAGUAUGUAGUAAAGCACUUCUUUUUUUUGUUAUUAAAAAGCUGGCAUUAGACUUGCAUCUUAAAUACCUCUCUAGGAACGUUAUACUCCUUUCCUCAACAGGUGUUGCCCUUAAGUCUCAUCUUUUGGCCUUGGAAGUUUAUAGCUGUUGUUUUUCAGUUGCUGUUGGUUCUUUUGUUUCACUUUAGUUCUGUAGUACCUGCCCAUUAAUAUUUUUGCUUUGAUUCUAGUAAUGUAUAUGUAUCUUUAUAAAAAAUAAAAUAAUGAAAGCAGCCUAAUAAUAGGAUGCAUCAAUAGCAUGUGGUUCCAAGCAAGUUGUGAUUUUUAUUUUGAGACAAUGUUCCACUGGAAGGGAGGGAAGGGCUUUCACUCACAGAGAGUAAAGUAGGGCUUUGGAAGGAGCCACAUUCGCUUUCAGAAACUCCUUUCUGGCUAGGUUUGUUUUAUUUAUUUGAAAGUCAGCUAAGAAUAUUAACCAUUUUAACUAUCUAAAACAGGCAGGCAAUAUUGAAGGAUUCCUACUAGUGCAAGAUAAGUGGUUCGAAUGUACAGGUGGCCUUCCCUUUCACCCAUUCUCCAUCUACUAUUUUACUUCUGCAGCUGGGUAAAGCCACUAUCAUGUAGAAACUCUACCAUGUGCCCUGUCUCUACCUCUGGACAUACCAGCUUCUUCCACCUAUUAGUUCUACUCCUCAGUUAAGCCAAUGAUCAGAAGUAGUAUUAAAUGAGAUAAUUUAUUUUAACAGGAUGCCUAAUGUGAAAUAAGGAAUUGUUUUUACUCUUCUGCUAUAGAAUGCCGUAGUAGUUUUUAUCGUAGUAAAGACUGAGUAUUCCAUUUAGCAAAUGUCCUACUGACAUGGGUUAUGAUACCACUUUUGCUGCCUGAUAUUUACCAAACUUGAAUAAGUGUUUGUCAACUUGAUAGUAUGUUCCUUCUCAACUUACAUUUUGAUUAAACCAAUUAACUAUUGGUCAUCUACCAAGAAUGUAAUCCAAGCAGCUGACAAAUAUAAAUUAUGCAGAUAGAUUGGUUAUAGGUGAUUAAAUUUUGAACAGUUCAAAGACAAUUAUGCUGCUGGGUGUUUAGAUUCAGUCCCUCAAAGAACCUAUGUUAACUGAAUAUUCACUCUGAAUAUACCUUGAAGUGGGGAAAAAGAAAACCAAAAUAUGGAAAAAAAAAUAAAUGUUCUGUAUCCAAAGGUACAAUACAGUCAUUAGGAACUAGAGAAAAUAUAGGAAAGCAGUAACUGAUCUAGAGUUUAGGCCAUCUUAGAUCCUUGUUAGAGAAGUAACGCAUGGAUUUAGAGUCACAAUCGCUACUAUAUAAUAGAGCCCUUUAAUAAUUUAAACCUUUUUUUAAAAAAUACAAGUUGGACUCCCUAGUCUACAGCAGAUGUAUUAAGGGGAGAUGUAGCUUAGCAUUCAGUAUAUUUUGCAAUCUCUGUAAAGGUUUGAAAACUAGCCAAAUUUUCACAAAGUAGAAGCUUUGAAUAGAAAUAUAUGUGAAAAGGACUCAGACUGAUAAUACACAUUUUGAUUUUGUACGUUUGUGCUAAUGAAAUGGUGUUUAGUAUAAAACAUUUUCCAUUUUUGGCAUAUUAAUGCAAAAGGAUGGCAGAGAUAUUUUCAAGAAUAUAAAUGGUAUAUUGAGGUUGGGUUUCCUUGACAUCUUUUUUCCAAAUGCUCAAGGUUACAGAUUCAGAGGAUAAAGGUGAGUUUCAUUUAGAAUAAAUCCAUGUCUACUGGUAAUCUAUUUUUUUAAUUGACCGGCCAAAGAACCAAGAACUUCAAAUGCUAACAAAUAUGUUGAAAAAUGAUUUGUAAAUCAAUUAAUUUUAAAAGGAUUUUACAUACUGUCCAGUUUUCACUUUUUUGGUUGAUAAAACUCAUCCCUUAAUAUACAUUUGAGCAAAGUACAUAUAUUAAGAAAAUAUAGACAUUUACUUGUUUAAAUUGAGAGUUAAUAUGAUAGGGAAAUGUUAGCUAUUUUUAAGUGGGAUUGAUGGAAUGUCCUUUGUCACAAGGAAUGCCUUUUUAGCUUAUUUGUGAGCACAAGAGAUGUUAAUCACUCUCUAGUUCUAGCAUACAACUGUAAGGAACCUAAUGAAUCUAUAGAUUUAAUAUUCAGAAAAAGUCGUGAACUCCACUCUUCACCAACAUAGUGGAACAGGUCCAUAAUUCAAGGUGUUGCCUCACAACUAUUGAACAAAUAUUCAGAGACCCAGAUCUUUUGUUUAAGUGGUGUGUAUAUAUGUGUGUGGAUAUAUAUAAAUACAUACAGACACACUUCAGAUAAGUAUAAGAAGAAAUAAAAAUGAAUUCAUCAUUGACUAUUAAAAGAAGACAAAUAAUUAUUACAACUUACACAAAAUCAUGAAUAUCAUUUAAUUAUAGAAAGUCUAUAGAAAAGUACUUGUCUGACAUUCUUAAAAUAUACUCCUGGUUCUCCAAAAAGUGGAGAAUGCCAAGACUACAUAUCUGCUAUAAUCUACCUAUUCCUCUUUUGCUUAAUAUGAUCCAUUAUUGAACUUCCUUAGAUUAAAAUCCAUUCCAAUUUUAUCCAACAUUCCCAGUGUGUACCUGUAAACCUACCUUGGAAGUGGCAAGCUAACUGCUGAUUUUUUUCACUGUUUUUAUACCAAUCUUGAAAGACAAGGCCUGUUGGUAUCAGUGUUUUUAAACUGGGUUAUUGUGUUAUGUGUUCACCACUCUAACUUAAAUUAUCAUUUAAUAUUUUUGAGUGUCAAGAAUUGCUAAGUAACUGUAACAUAUUGAAGAUAGUCUUUCCCAAGCAAGCAGUCAUAAGCCAAUAUAUAAUGAGCUUAGUGUAUAACCACUUUAGUUUGUACGCUCAACACUUUUUUUUAUUAAUACAAACCAUCUCAGAAUUUGAUUAGAAUAGAAUCCCAUUAGUGGAUUUUUCUUCAUUUUGGACAUCUAAGCUCAACUUUUUUUUUCAUGCCACGUUUAUACCAGUUUGCUCUGUGAAAUGUGGUAAACCCAGUUCUGGCAUAUUAUAGUGGUUUCAGUUAAUGAAGAUAUUUUUAUUUUAAUAACUUUGACUAUAUUAUACAUAAGUUAUAUGAGAGGGCAUAAAAAUUAAUAGAUGAGCAGAAAUUUAUUAAGCUCCUUAGACAUUUUAAAAGAACAUUUUUAAAGGAACUACAUUUAUGUUUUUUUUGCCAAACCGGUACGAGCUAAAAAAUGUGCUAAGGAUUGAAUAACCUUGCCUUGUUCUUUUUGCCACUGGAUGAUGUAAGUUGAGAAUGGAAUUGUUAACCCGAACUAUAUAUUUUCUUGACUUUCAUCAGUUUCUAAAGAAAUCUAAUUUAAGUGUUUUGGGUUUUGUUUCAUCUAUAUUUAUUGAGUUCUGGUCAUAGACCAGGAGCCUGCGUGUCAUGCUUAUGGACAGCCAGAACACAGUUAUUGGGGAACUUAAUGGCUCAAGGCCUUCUGAAUCAUUUUAACUUAUUUUGUAUGUUCCAAAAAAACAAAACAAAACAAAAAAAAGUUUAUUUUGCUUGAGAGUCGCAUUUUUUUAUAACUGUACAGCUUUUAAGGGAUGGGAAUGGGAAAAUGCCCUAAAAUAGGAUGUAGAUUUUUACAAUUGUGUUUAUGCUAGAACAUCUACAGGUACAUUAUGUAAUUAAACCUAAAAUUGUUUUGAAAUUUGUGCCAUGUCUUUUUCAUUAUCCUGCCCCUUCAGCAGAGUUGGUGCAUGUCAAUACUGCUAUACGGACAAGCCUUGAAAUUAGACUAACAAGCCCUAUCUCCAAAGCUUUAAGAUCACUGCAUGAAAAUUGCACACAUACACACACGCAGACACAUACAUACACACACAGAUCUAGUUUAUAUUAGUGCAAAUGGAUUUUCAGGAUCAGAACAGCUAUGAUAGCCCAAAUUUGGGUGUUAACAGCAUAUUCUUAACAGUGCAUGAUUUUUGUGAUGCCUAACUAGGGUAUUUUCAGUGUUGGUCUAGUGUUUUGUUCUCUUAUCAAAGUAGCUUCUUGAUGAUGGUAUCUGAAUUGUAGCUUGCCCAAGCCUGCCACAGGUUUUGUGUACACUUUGAAAGGGUAUGUCCUGUGAUGAGGUGGGCGUGGGGCAGGGCUUGGUUUCUUUUUCAUCUGUAAAAGAAGGAAAAACUAGAUUUGCUUGAUUUGGUUAUUCAGUGGACUUAAUUCCACAGGAAUAUUUGUCUGUUGAAACACAGCAGGAAGGGAAAUGAGAUUCAAAUUUUAAUUCCCUCCUUAUUUGAUAAGUAUGUGGAAAUCUUACAGAACUGCUGAUUCUAGCACAGUCUUUUACAUGGCACAUUUUAUCAUGUUAUAUUGAUACCUUUGUUUAAAUGUCAGUACUUUUUUGCCAUCUGAUAAUUUUGGCAUUCUAAUUUCUCACCUUUGUAGCGCAAGUGUGUUCUUGUAAAGAAUUGAAAUCAUCCAAGUAUGUUAUAAUUUCUAUCAAAGCUGCCUUUAUGUGUUGUCAGCUAAUGUGGGAAGUCUGUUUCUUUGCUAUCCUCACCCAUUCAGAGAUGAAGCCUGGGGAUCAUGAGUUUCCAUGUGAAUAAUACAAAUUCCAGAUAAGAAUUUGCAAAUGGUAUAUUUUAGAAUUUCAUUUUGGUUUUAAAGUAAUAGCUUGGAUUCAGGGAGUGCUUGAUCAGAACACCCCUUGGAUUUUCAGACAUGCUUAUAUGAAAUGUUUUAUUUUCCUAUGCAUAAAAAAAAUUAUUCCUGGAAUAGGUUCUCAGAAUGCUUUAAUGUUUCUAGAAGAUGAGUGUUAAAGCAAAAGCUCCAUGAUUAGCAUAAAACUAACUUUUGAGGUAAUCAAGACCAUGCUGUUAGUCAACUAGGAGAAGCCAGAGUGUUCUCCAUCACAUAUUAACGUACUGCAUGUGUGUUGUGGGGGGAAGAUCUGAAAACUGGAAAUGUGAUUCCAAUAACACACAAGGUAAAUUUUGUGCAUAAAAGUAUGGCAAUUCCUGGUAGCUUAAAGCUUCAGGGGUAACUGCAGUGUAUGAACACCUAGUGUGUUAGAAUUGCAGUGCAUAGUUGUUUAAAUACAAUAUUCCUUGUAAGUGACAAGCAAAAUAUGUUGUGGCUAGUGCCAAUAAUUUUGUUAAUGAAAUGUUCACUGUCUCACUACCGUCUGAUCAGAACUCUUGGUGUUAUAAGCCAGGCCUACAGCUAUUUUAUAGCUAUUGGCCUAAUUGUGUAACUUUUUCUUUCAAAAUGUUUUAUUAUAAUACUUCUGUCAUUUCUUUCACUUAAUAUGUCAAUUGUCAUAAUAAAAAUUUAAAUAAUUUGAUGUAUUUAA